AUGGUAACGUCGACGGCUUCCUCAGCGAUCUCCUCACCCUCGGUAUCGUUAGCGAGAACAUCAUCUUCGUUAAACGACGGCCGCAUACCGGAAUUACUUAACGAUAAACCCCCUUUGCGAGUUAAAGAACGAGCCAAUGUAACGGUUUUUAUCGAAACUACGGAACCACCGGUCACAGCAAGAGCAAGACGAUUAUCACUAGAUAAUCUAGAAAUUGUUAAAAAGAAGUUGAACGAACUUCUCCGACUUGGUAUCUGCAGACUCUCAAAGUCCAACUACGCCUCGCCGAUGCAUAUGACACCAAAAACUAAUGGAGACUGGCGUCCAUGCGGUGAUUAUCGGCGCUUCCAAACAAAAUACCGACUGAUCAAGGAGGUUUUUAUGUACGUCCUUUGUGAAAUAAACCUUAGAGAAGGACUUAGGAGUACAAAUAUACCUCCAAUUUUGAGGCUAGCUGCAACGCUGGAGAUAUUAGCAGGUGGCGGUUACCAGUGGCAAACUGGCGGCGCACACACAGCAGCAAUGGGGCAUAGUACUCUGUCGAAGAUAUUUCGCAGCACAUUAUCGUCGAUGGAAGAAACUCUAUGCAACCAAUGGAUAUCUUUCGAAAAAAACUUCCAGCCGUGCAAAGAGUGGUUCCAUGAAAAAUAUAACUUUCCGGGAAUUGUUGGUGCCGUAGAUGGUACUAAUUUAAUGCUGUUGAGGCCUAUUGAGAACGAGCAUAUAUACUUCAACAGGAAAGGAAAACAUAGUAUAAACGCGAUGAUUUUAUCAAUAAAAGCUAUAUGCCCACAGUACGGAGGAGCUGCGCACGAUUCCUUUGUUUGGAAAGCCUCAAAUGAGAGGAAUGUAACGGAGCGGCGCUAUAAUAAUGGAGAUACAAGUUCGUGGCUAUUAGGGGAUUCUGGAUACCCUCUUGAGCCAUGGCUUAUGACCCCGUAUCGAUUACGCGAAAAUGAGACCGACGUAGGCAAAUGUAUUUUCAACGACAUCCACAGUAAGGCUAGAAGCAUUGUCGAAAGAAGCAUUGGCGUAUACAAAGGCCGCUAGAGAAUAUUAUCGGACGAUAGAAAGCCAAGGUACAACCCAACAUUGGUUGCAAAAAUUGCAAACGUGUGCGCCGCUCUUCACAAUGUAUGCAUCGAUAGGAAUAUUCCAUAUCAAUUCAGCAACGAAACUCUAACUCAAAGACAAGAAGGACUGUUAGAAUGUACACCAUUGGACAUAAACAAUCGAUUAUCAGAGAGGAUAAGAAAUAGA